CACCUUCAUUCAAUUCUCGGCUAAACAUCCAAUUUGAAAGAACAACGUCGUUGGGUCAACUCAGAAAGUCAACGAAUGUUCGAUGAAUACAGGGUUGUUCAGCAGAGGCGAUGUUUUGGCCAACCCACAACAAAACCCGCAAUACCCGUCAAAGAGAGCGUCACCGCUAGAACGUAAACAAAAUUUUGGAUAACCAUGUAAAACAGUUUUCACAAACAAUAAUUUAAUUCCUAUUCGGUUGUUGUAAAGCUAUAGUUAGUAAAAUGGACGAAGAUUUAGAGUUUCGUGAUAUGGUUUGGAAAAAGAUGGAAGAAAAUGGUUCACUGCUGGAAAUUAAGGCCAAUUUGCGAGCCAUCCUUGACGACAUGUUAGGUGAUGAGAACUCUGUUGCAGCGGAUCAAACAGAGGGAAGUGGUCCUAGCUCCAGCACGGUUGAUAAUGUAUCAGAAAGCCCACCAGAUGGUCAAACGUUGGCAUUCGAACUGAUGCUUGAAAUGAUGGACGUCUUGGAGUUUCCAUACACCAAAAAGGCUCUGCAGUCCGAGUCGAGACAUCGAAGAAUGGCGUUAAGCCGCGAGCAGUUAGCGAAACACAUCGGACUAAAAUCUGAGGAAGUUCGGCGUGCACCUUCCGAGCAACCUUUGCUGGUUACAUUGUUAGAAAAAGUACGCGAAGAACGUGAACGCAACUCUGCCGAUGUUGCGAGCAUUCCAGACGAUCCUGAACCGUGA